UAGUCAGAAUCGCCGGCGCGGCUCCUCUUCAAUUUCACGCCAAGCCGGUGCUCUCAUCAAUUCAUUAAUAAAAUAUCUCCCACCGGCGCCGCCGACGAUGGCAUCCAACGGAGAGGAAAAGCACGGCGGAGCUCCGGCCGCCGCCGCCGGCGAGCAGAAGGAGCUGGACGCCGGUGCACAGUUUGUCCUUAAAUCCAGAGGUUCAUGGGUGCACUGCGGGUACCACUUGACGACGUCGAUCGUGGCGCCGUCGCUUCUGAGCCUUCCGUUCGCGGUGGCGUCGCUGGGUUGGACGGUCGGGAUUUGCAGCCUCCUGAUCGGCGCGGCGGUGACGUUCUACGGGUACAAUCUGCUGUCUCUGGUGUUGGAACACCACGCCCAAUUGGGGAAUCGCCACCUCAGAUUCCGGGACAUGGCCACCACCAUCUUAGGACCAAAGUGGGGGAGAUAUUACGUGGGGGCAAUACAGUUCUUGGUAUGCUAUGGGACAGUUGUCGGAUUCAUUUUACUGGGAGGCCAGUGCAUGAAGGCAAUAUACACACUGUCCAAACCAGAUGUUGAAAUGAAGCUGUACGAUUUUGUAAUCAUAUUUGGUGGGCUAAUGUUAGUAUUGGCUCAAAUCCCAUCUUUCCACUCCCUAAGGCACAUCAAUAUGGUCUCCCUGCUCCUGUGCCUUUCCUACAGUGCUUGCGCCACAGCUGCCUCCAUUUAUAUAGGAAUAUCAUCAAAGGGUCCAAAGAAAGACUAUUCAUUGGACAGCAACACAGAGAAGAGAGUGUUUGGGAUCUUCAAUGCACUUGCCAUUAUUGGCACAACUUUUGGCAAUGGAAUAAUACCUGAAAUACAGGCGACGUUGGCGCCGCCGGUUAAGGGCAAGAUGUUCAAAGGGCUUUGUGUGUGCUAUGCGGUGCUAAUGGCUACAUUCUUUAGCGUGUCGAUUUCUGGGUAUUGGGCAUUUGGCAACCGAGCCGAAGGUCUAAUUCUUACAAACUUCUUGAAUGGCGACGACCCUUUGGUGCCCAAAUGGUUCAUCUUGAUGACCAACGUGCUCACCAUUCUUCAGCUCUCGGCUGUUGCAGUGGUUUACUUACAGCCGACGAACGAAGUCUUGGAGCGAACAUUUGCUGAUCCAAAGAGCAGGGAGUUCUCCUCGCGCAAUGUUGUCCCGAGAGUUAUAUCGCGGUCCAUAUCAGUUGUAGUCGCAACUACAUUAGCUGCAAUGCUUCCAUUCUUCGGGGACAUCAAUGCGCUUAUAGGAGCGUUUGGGUUCAUACCUCUCGACUUUGUGCUUCCCUUUGUUUUUUUUGUCUUAACAUUUGAACAAAAUGGCAUCAAAAGAUAUGUACAUAUCUCUCUAGCAGUGAUAUUCUCAGCCCUUGGGAUCAUAGCAGCAGUUGCAGCUGUGAGACAGAUCAUUAUCGAUGCAAAAACUUACCAGUUAUUUGCUAAUAUAUGAUCCCAGAAAGAUGUAAUACAAACAAAUGCUAUACAAAAAUGUUCAGAUUAGAUCAUCAAAAUCUUGGAACAUUCGUAUACUUUAAAUACAUCUCUUUAUGUAACAUCUUUAAACUUGGAAAUGACUAUAUGAAU